UUUACUAAUAACAACAUUCUAUUCACAUUCAGUGGUGAUCAGAUUAACCUGAGAUGAUGUCUUGUAUCAAAAGUUCUGUGUUAAUUAUUGCUUUCUAUUUGUUCAAUGUUGGGUUUGGUUUGCCCCAGCAAACUUUUCACCCUGUUUCCUUUAAAAACCACAGUGAAAACUCAAAUUCAUCAAGGGUUGGUGUAUGCACCACUGAAAUUCCAACCAUUGACCUCAUAAGUCUACCAGAAAGAAGCAAAACAAUCCCAAAAGGAAAUGGCACGAAGGAAGGUUACAGCAAAAUAGAAAUAUGUUGUUCAGGAUAUGAAAGAGUUCCACACAGUCAUCAUAUUUGCGAACCAGUUUGCGAAAAUGGAUGUGAAAAUGGAAACUGCACUGCUCCCAAUGUAUGCGUGUGUAGAAAAGGACAUGUCAAGGAUGCUACGGGAAAAUGUAUACCUGUUUGUCCUCUAGGAUGUCUUAAUGGGGUGUGUUCUACUAAUGGAUUAUGCUCCUGCAAUAGUGGAUAUGUGUCCGAUCCCAAAGGACAAUUUUGUAGUCCUGUCUGUAAAGCAGGAUGCGGACCUCAUGGCGAGUGUAUUGCUCCUGAUACAUGCUCCUGCAAAGAAGGUUAUUCAGUAAAUCCUGCUACAAAUCAGUGUGGCUUUCAUUGCGAGGGUGGCUGUGGAGAAGGUCAGUGCAUAGCCCCUAACACGUGUUCCUGCAAAUCUGGAUAUAUCAAUGUUGAUGGCACUUGUAAGCCCGACUGUCCUAAGGGAUGUAAGGAUGGCGAGUGUGUAGCCCCAAACAAAUGUUCUUGUAAACAAGGUUGGAACUUGGACAAAACUGGGUCGGUGUGUGAGCCACAUUGCAAUAAACCUUGUUUAAAUGCUGACUGCACUGCUCCUGAUGUAUGCUCCUGCAAAAAAGGAUAUGUUAAGGAACCCGCCAGUGCGGAUUUCAACAAAUGCGUCGCCCAUUGUCCAGAUGGGUGCCCCAAUGGUCAAUGUUCCGCUCCCAACUUCUGUAUUUGUAAUCCUGGAUACAUGAAGGAUAACGGAAAAUGUGUCCUAAAAAUUUAAAUAAAUCUGUCAAUACAUAUUUUAAUUCAAUUAAAAAUUAA